AUGCAACAUGGACAUAAAUAUGAUCCAUAUGCUAACACUUAUAAUCCUGGAUUGAGAGAUCAUCCUAAUCUCAGCUACGGAGAAAAUUAUUUUAUAGCUCCACAAUCACAGUUUAAUCAUUCCCCGGGGUUCAAUCAACAAAGGCAACCACUACACUCUCAACCUCGUCAACAAACUUUGUCUCAAAGUUCAAAGAUGUCUCUUAAAUAUAUGUUGAAGUCCUUAGCUUCUAGUACAAUUCAAUUUCAACAAGAGACAAAAACCUCAAUUAAGAAUUUGGAGACACAAGAGUUAGUGCAACAGAAGAACUUAUCAUGUGAGAAAGAUGAAGAUAAGACUCCAACCUCAGGAUCUAAGGUAGAUUCUAAAAGUCCUAUUCCUAAUUACGUUCCCUCCCCUCCAUUUCCUGGCAGGUUUGCAAAGUCCAAAAGGGAUGAACAUGAGAAGGAAACAUUGGAGGCUUUUCGUAAGGUUCAAGUGAACAUACCACUUUUGGAUGCCAUUUAUCAAGUGCCACAUUAUGCAAAGUUCCUCAAGAAAUUGUGCACUAACAAGUAUAGAUUGAAAGGUAAUGAAGUGGAUCCAAGAAGUUUUACCAUCCCUUGCAUUAUUGGUAACACUAGGUUUGAAAAAGCAAUGCUAGAUUUAGGAGCAUCUAUUAAUGUCAUGCCAUAUUCUAUUUAUGCUUAUUUAAAUUUGGGAUCACUUAAUAAAACCGGUGUUAUUAUUCAACAUGCUGAUAGAUCUAAUGUAUUUUCAGAAGAUUUCUAUGUUCUUGGCAUGCAAGAUGAAUCAACAUCUCUAUCGCCACCAUUUCUCUUGGGAAGACCAUUUAUGAGGACUGCGCAUACAAAGAUAGAUGUACAUGACAAUACUUUGACAAUGGAGUUUGAUGGUGAGAUUAUUCACUUCAAUAUUUUUGAAACAAUGAG